AUGCGUCUCUCUCGGUCAGUCUUUAUCUGGAAAAGCAAAAUUCAUAAAUGGGGGAGUAUUGACAGAGAUAGAUUUGAAGAACUUCUUAUUUAUGAUGUCACAUAUGAGACAAGUCCAGCUAUUCAAGAUUCAAUAUUGGCCAUUGAGACACAACCAUGCGAUAUUCAUAAUUAUGGCGCUAAAGUGUAUGACUCUCUUACGACUGAUCUUACUUCAAGUACAUUAACCAUAGCAGAAACACAACUAUCCCCACAAAUGAAUACGGAUGCUCCUGCAAUAACUGUCUAUGUUACAAAUACAGAGGUUGGUUUUGUGACAGAAUAUAUAUCACACUUUCCUGUCUUCACAGUUACAAAGUCUGUCGUAAUUCUAGAGACAGUAACGCUCAAAGAACCCUAUAUUAAAACAAGGUACAUAACAGACCCUCCUGUCACUAUCACAAAGACUGUAGCGGACCAAAGAACAUCUACGGUCACAGUACCAUUUAUUUUUACAAAAUUUGUAUCAAGUUAUCCUGUUAUCACGAUUACAAAAUAUGGCACAAGUCCUCAAUUAGUAACCUACACAUUCUACGACGGUACUUAUUCGCCGCCUAUUCGUACUCGCCCAAAAGUCAAAGGAACAACAAGCUUUCUGUCCAGCCCCACAACAUUGUUAAUGAGAUCUUCAGCUUCAAUCACUAUAGUUAAUACCGAGAUAUCUAUCUUGGCUCUUCCGAACAAUAGGGACACCAUUCAAGGCAAAAACAUCAACAUUGACAUACGCAAAGAAGCUUAUUCAAAACAAACCGACAUUCCGAAUAGCUCUAAACACUUCAUAAUCAAAUUCAAAAACUUUGAGCUAGUUAUUUCUAUAGCUGCCAUUAUACCUCAAAAAGUGUGUGUUUCUCAGGGACAAAAAACUUAUUGUUGGGCAACAUCAGAUCGAAUCAUCGACGAUUCGAUCAAGAAGUCCUAUAUUACAGUAGCAGGCCUUAUUGUUUUCGGUCACAUAUUUCUUAAUCUUUUAUCCUAUACAAUCCGAACUCUUUUUAGAUUUGGUGCGAAACUUGUUAAAGCAUGCAUCGAUAGAUAUACUCCGAUUAAUCAGAAUAGCUCUCCGGCUUCAGGAGAUUUGGUGGUAGUGAUAUUAACAGCCUGUUUUACAGCUGUAUCUUUAGCUCCUUGGUAUUUUGGUAUUUUGCAUAUUGGGAUGAUGAUAGCUUUACUACUAAAAGCAGUGAAAAUAAAGACAACAUUGGUGAAUAGGAGCAGACGAAUGAAUCUUAUACUUGAUUACAUGGUCCUGAAUUAUUGUCUGAGCCUUUCUGACAUUCGAAAGGGAAAAGAACAAAGAAGCCAGCUGGAUCAAUUGCAUAUUGCCCUUGUCCUUGAGUUGAAGCCUCUUCACCCCUGCCCAAUUCUUUUAAUGUUUUUGGACUUUUUAUCAUAUUUCAAAAAUGGCAAUAUUAAAUAUAUAUAUAUCCAUUUGAUAUCCAUAUUGGCUUUGGAGUAUGACAGCUUCUACAGUUAUUCUUCUCAUUUUAAGAUUUGCAUCUCGUCAUAA